AUGCACAACAAUCGUAUCGGCACUCUCAAAAAUGACGCUGAGGUUCGAAAAUUGCUUCUUCAAUUGCUGUUCAUUUUUCUUUCCUCCAUCUAAGGGUUACUGGUUAAGUUAUUCAGAUAACGGCCAAACUGGCCGCUUUGGCAGAUCAUUUGACGGCAAAAGUAUCAGAAACAAAUCAUCGCUUUCGAUCCUUGAGUCAUGACGUCAAAUAUUUCGAGCAUCGCAUGGGAAAAGCUGAAACUCUGUUGAGAAUCUUAUCGCACGAAAAGUUCGUCGAGCAGGUGUGCGAAAUUUUUUUGAGUUUUUAAUUUUAAGUUUUCUUGAGGUAACCGAAGAAGAGGAGUUCGGAAAACGAAGAUAUGCAUCGCCACGGCGCUUUCAACCAGUUGAUCCAGUCCAAAUAGUGCAAAAUGCCAUUCUAGCUUCCGAAGUGUUAUUAUCGAGGCAGGAAACCUAUAAACUGGUAAGUUGGGAAUGUUUGUUCAGUAUAACACUGUUUCCAGCCCGAACCAAUACCUGUCAAGCAAAAAACUACAACUACAACUAAUUUUGAAACUUCAACGGGUGAAAUUGAUGGAGGUUUGAAAAGUGAUGCAUCUAAGAAGCUAGCGGCAAAAUUGCUAAGAGGUUUUCCUUGAUGGAAAAUACCCGAAUUGAGAAGUUUUCUAGAUGCGCGUGAAACGAAAGAUGACUCAUUUCAAGUUGAUGCAGUUAAAAGACAUGCUCCGCAAAUUGUCAAAAAGUCAACUUUGUCUACAGGUUAAUUUUGGAAAGUCUCUGUGAAAAAUAUUUUGGUUUUUUUUUCAGAAGUUGCUUCUAGAAAAAGCUCAGCUACAUCAUCCGUCCAAGCUGAGGAAAGCGAAAAAUCGCAAGUUAUUCCAGAAGAAGAGGACUUGUUUGUACCUAUGAAGAAAGAAUCCACACAAGGUUUCCAACCGGGUGUCAUUGAAAAAAAAGGAAAUUUUCAGAUGAACACGACGUUCAAAAUUUGUCCUUACAAAAUAAGAAAGAUGAUUCAUAUAACGUAGGAAUCAACUCAGCUGUGAUAUCUACAGGUUACUGAUCAUCUAACUUCUAAACUGGAGAUUUGAAGGAGAUUUGUUGCACGGCAUCAAGAGCUUGAAAAAAACCUCAAAAGGAAAAGAAGGAAGUGCGGAUCGUGAGAAAGUUGCGCCAAAGGGUACGCCAGCUCAGUUAAACCAUUUAGAAAAGAAUAACUGCUUGCAGAAAAUAGAUCAAAACUUAGCUCGGUCACUGCAUCGCACGUCUCUGUCCAGAAACCACAAAAGUCUCCGCUCACAACGAGAAAUGAAGUUUCGAAUGGACCUUCUAGUUCUGAAAGAAACGCAGCACCUCUCUUCACUGACAGUGACAGUGAACCGCGUUUGUUAAUUUUUUUUUUAUUUACUCAUUUUCUCUUCAGUUUUCGGCACUAAAAACAUACCGAAAAAGUCAGAGCCGGCUCCAACGAAAGUUUCCCAGAAUGAAUCAAAGAAGGCACCGACGGUCAGGUCCCUUUUCAGUGACUCAGACGAUGAUUUCAGUAUGAUCUUCAUUUUGAUAUUACCCAUUCCUUCGAACUUCUCAGGUGACUUGUUCAAAUCAAAACUCGUCAAUCAUUCAUCGGGAGGAAAUGAUAAAAGUCUUUUUGGAAACACCAACGAAAAUUCCGCUGUUGUGAGCAAUACUCAAAAAAAGUAGAAGUAAAAAAAGAAUCGACUAUCAAAAAACAAGGUUGGGAUUCUUUUUCAAAUGAAUUAAUACGUUUUCAGACGUUAUUUUGCCAGCUGCAAAAAUGAUUCUCAAUUGUAAAAAUGAAACGGCAGAAAAGCUUCCAAAUCCAUCUGAUCUUCGAACGGAAACCGCACACCAGAGAGUAAUAGUGAAUAAAAAUAACUUUAAAAAGAAACACUUCAGAAAACGGAAAGCGUUCUUACUAUUCCGAAAAAAAAGAAAAUGAUCAGUUUGUUCGAUAGCGAUGACAGCGAUAGCGAAGAUUUGUUCCGAUCAGCAAAAAAUGCAAAGCUCAUCCCCAAAACUAUCCAACAAUCUAAAGAAGUCUGGAAGAAAUCAGAAAAGGUGAUUUUUUCUUACUUGUUUUUGUUCUUAAUAACAAAAAUUGAAUUUCAGAAUGAUCCGAUUGAACCUUCCAAAUCAACAGCCAAAGCGACGAUUGAAAAUAAAUCCUCUAAAAAGUUUUCUUUUCUCAGCGAUAGUUCAGACGAUGAUCUUUUUUCCAGCGCUAGAGUUUGUUUUUUCUGUUCUUUACAGUUCGUUCUGAAAUUUUCAGGCCAAAAAAGCGGUUGUCCCGUCACAAUCAGUAACUGCCAUACAAAUAAUUGAAAAAAACCAAAAGAAGUGAGGAUUCUAAUAAUGUUUUAAAAGUUUAUCUGUUAAAAAAUUUUUUUUUUAAAAAUUCUCUUUAGUGAAGAGAAAAAAAUCAAGUUUCAUGAUUUUCGGGAAGGCUUUGAUCUACUUGGAAAAUAAGAUGAUCCUUUUUUUCUUGUAUUCAGACAGCUCUUCCUAAAAAAGAUCUAUCUCAAAAACCUUCUCCAAGCAAAAUCGCGGUGACUCCAAAUAAAAUCGAUGAGGAUUUCGCAUCAAAGCUGUCGCUCAGUCUUUCUGUAGGUUUUUUUUAUUGUGAAUAAAAUAUCAUUUGAAUUCAGAACGGUCCAAAAACGGCGUCUUCUCUCGCUAUUACGAGCGAUGAAAAAGAAGUGGGUUAUUUAGAUUCUGCUGCCCCAAAUCACUUGAUAAACAUGUUGAAGGUAAAUUACUCACUGCAGACAAAUUUGUGUAUAUUUUUAUUCCAGUCUCGACCAAGAAAAGCGCGACCGGGCAACAGAUUGAAGUCUGUCAAGAAUAACGAAGUGAUCGAAAAGGAAUCUGCAACAGAAGAAGUUAUAUAUGACCCUCUCUCGGCCAACAUCUGA